AUGGUUAUCUGUUGUUGUAGAGGCAGAAGAGAGGCGGAGGGAGAAGCGGCAACACGCAAGCAGGAAGCCAAGUGGAGCAGAGACGUGAGGAGGGAGAGAGGCAAAGCUUGGCAGCAGCAGUGGUGGGUCUGUGGUGCGGCGCUGCGAUUCGGAGAAGGGAGAAGGAAUGCGAAGCUUCACGUGUGGGAAGAGCUGAGUUAUAUGGUUGGGUUAUGUGAGGUUCCUAGUUGCUACAUGGGAGAUUUUAAUGAAAUAAUGCAUGUGGAAGAAAGGCAAGGUACUGAUAUUCUACCUAGAUCCACAGAAGAGUUUAGGAGUUGGGUACAGGAUAUGCAUCUAGUGGAUCUACCUCUAACAGAUCGCAAGUUCACAUGGUUUAGGGGACGCUCGUGCAGUCGGAUAGAUAGAGCUCUGGUUAGCGUGGAGUGGUUGGAAGAGUUCCCUGAGACUAGGAUAUGCGAUGGACCAAGAGACUUAUCAGAUCACUGUCCAGAGGAGUGGAGAGGAUUGGGGGAGAUGCAGUUCAUAGAUAAAUUGAAGGCGCUGACGAUUCCGCUAGGGAAUUGGAAUAAGACUAACUUUGGGGAUAUGGAUAAAAAGAUUACGAGAUUUGAGGAAGAAAUUAAGAAGAUUGAUGACCUGGUAAGCAAUGGGGUGUAUGAUGGAAUGAUGGAGGCUAGAAGAAAGACGCUGGUUACCUGCUGUGAGAGGUGGCUGGUAAGGAACCAAGCUAGAAUAAAGAUUGCUAUUAAGGAUUACUACAAGGAGUUAUAUCACCAGGAUAAGUCGCCUAUGAUGAGCUUCAGAGAUGGUCUGGUAAACAGGAUGGAGCAUGGAGAUUCUGUAUCUAUGGAGGCACUGCCGACAGCUGAGGAGAUCAGAGAAGCGGUGUGGGAUUGUGAGUCAUCUAAGGCACCAGGAUACGAUGGGUAUAACAUGAACUUUGUUAAGAGGUGUUGGGGUGAUAUUGGGCCUAAAUUCACGGCUGCAGUGAUGGGGUUCUUUCAGACGUCAAGGCUGCCGACAGACUCUAACAUCACUUGGGUGGCGCUGACACCAAAGUUCAUUGGAGCUAAAGAGAUUAAAGAUUUGUGA